CUCUCCAACACCCCGCACAUCUCUCCUCCCCUCCCUCCCUUCCUCCUCAUCUUCAAUCCGGCGGUGCCACACUCCAUGCGUCUAUCCCCCCUUUAAACCCAACCCGCCCCUCCAAAACUCGCCCCAAUCGCGCCACGAUGUCCAAAACCAAAUACCUCCUCGUGUCGCUCCCGACAUCCAUCACGCCGUCCCACCACCGCGACGACGCCCUCGACGCCAUCUCCGCGACCAUCUCGCCCGAGAACGGGUCCGCCGCGCCGUUCCCCGUCCCCGAAUUCAAGAUCGGCACGCUCGAUGCCCUGGUGCAGCAGGCCGACGAGCUGGCCAAGCUCGAGGCCUCGUGCCAGGGUGUGGUCGUCAAGGUGGGGGAGGCGUUGAAGAAUAUCCUGGAGGGCGAUGAGGGGCAGAUCUCGAAGAUGAAGGCGGUUAAUGAUAAACCGGUGGAUCAGUAUCUACGGACGUUUUCGUGGAAUAAGGUCAAGUAUCGCGCGGAUAAGCCGUUGGGGGAGUUGAUUGAUCUGUUGCAGAAGGAGGCAGCGAGUAUCGAUAACGACAUCCGCACGAAAUAUACCCAGUACAACCAGGUUAAGAAUACGUUGGCGACGCUGCAACGGAAGCAGACUGGCAAUCUCUCGACCAAAUCCCUCGCCUCCGUCGUCGACCCUCGCACCCUCGUCCAAGACUCCGAGUACAUCGAGACGCACCUCGUGGCCGUGCCCGCCCAGCAGGUCAAGGAGUUCCUGAAGCUGUACGAGACCGUCGCGCCCAUGGUGGUGCCGCGGUCGGCGUCGCUGGUGGCCUCGGACGACGACUUCACGCUGUACGCCGUCACGACGUUCAAGAAGCACAGCGUCGAGUUCGUGCACAAGUGCCGCGAGAAUAAGUGGAUCCCGCGCGACUUCAAGUACGUGGCCGGGGGCAAGGAGGAGGAGCGCAAGGAGUUCGAGCGCGUGGGCGGCGACGAGCGCAAGCUCUGGGGCGAGACGCUGCGGCUGGGCCGGACCGCCUGGAGCGAGGCCGUCAUGGUCUGGAUCCAUGUAUACGUGCUGCGCGUGUUUGUCGAGACUGUGCUGCGGUAUGGGCUGCCGUUGGACUUUGUGUGCACGUUGAUCCGGACCCCCGGCUCCAAGCAGGCCGACAAGGCGAAGCACAACCUGGACGAGAAGUACUCUUACCUGGCGGGCAACGCCUUCGGGCGCGACAAGAAGGGGCGGGUCAAGCGCGACGACCCGGGCGAGAUGCACGGCGAGGGGCCCGCGGAGUAUACGGCCUACGUGUAUUACGAGUUCGAGUUCAACUGAUGUUGAUUACUGGUGUUGUUACUUUUUAUUGUGUUGCUGACUGUGACUGAGACUUGGUUAUGGUUCCUGUUGAUAUGUUCUAGCGUACGUACAUAGAGCUCAGCUCAUUACCACCACCAUCUA